AUGGCCACUCCCGGCCAGCCCAGUCCUGAGCAGAUGGCGGCCAUGCAGCAACAGUUCGCUGCCGAAGCCGCUAAACGAGGGAUGACGCCGCAGCAAUUCGCCGCAAAGCAGCGUGAACAGCUGACUGCCGAUGCUGAAAAGCUCGGUUUAACUACUGAGCAAUAUGUUGCGCAGUUGCGCAUGCGAGCAAUGCAAGCCCACCAGCAGCAACAGAAGCUCCAGGCCGAACAACAGGCUCAAGCAGCAGCAGAAGGACAACAGGCUCCGUCGCCCGCACCACAGCAGCAGCAGCCGCCGCCGCAGCAGCACCAACACACAACCACACAACAGGUUCCUGUGAACCCCAACAAUCCCCCAGACCCAAAGGCCAUCGCGGUGGCCAACUGGCUGCGGUCGCAAAACCUCAAACCACGCACAUGUAUCAUGGAUGGACAGCGCAAGGACAUGUUCAAGGUCAAACGUGCAAUCCGAGCUAUUGAAUCCCCCGCCUAUGCCAAAGCUGCCUCAAAGAAGAACUCUCUCCUCCCCCCAGUGACCGACCGCGCCUCCGCCGAGAACGUUUUCAAGCUUCUUCCACUUUCUCUUUUGGCUCUCCGAGUGAGCAAGGUUGAUCCUCAUGAAGGCCACAACCAUGCCAAGCCUAAGAACCGCACUAAGGGUUUAUGGACCGUGAAGAUUGAACAGCAUCAGGAGACCGACCCAAUGAUGCAUUAUGUUUGGUUGUAUGACGGCCCGCAGUGGAAGCAAAAGGCCAUGGCCGCCGCCGUAGUUGCGGGUAUUUUCGCCGUUGUCCUGUUCCCAUUGUGGCCUAUGAUUAUGCGCCAGGGAGUGUGGUAUCUGAGUGUUGGCAUGAUGGGACUGUUGGGUCUGUUCUUCGCCAUGGCUAUCUUCCGUUUGAUUCUAUUCUGUAUCACCGUCUUCACUGUGGCCCCUGGUCUUUGGCUAUUCCCCAAUCUGUUCGAGGAUGUUGGGUUCUUCGACAGUUUCAAGCCUCUAUGGGGCUGGCAAGAGACAAAAAAGAGCAAAAAGUCUCGCAAAUCCAAGGUCUCAGCCUCUGCUCCCGCUACCGUUACCGAAGCUGCUCCCUCAGCAAUCACCCCCUCGGCAACCACAACCUCCACCGAGCCCACUUCUACCCCAUCCACAGUCGCAUCGCGCCGAGUUCUGAGCGCAAGUGUGGAAGAGGUGGAGGAGUAG